AUGUUCACCAAUUUUAUUCCCCUAGCUGCAUUAGCUAGUGUGGCGUAUGCUCAAUCUCCCUCAGUAUGCUCGCAGCCAACAGCAACGAUCAAUUCUCAAGCCGAUGCGUCUGCUCUCGCAUCCUGCUCCACCUUUCAAGGCAAUAUUAUUGUCGGACCUGGUGCCUCUGGCAUAAUUUCAAUUGAUGGCCCACAGCAGAUCACUGGAAAUUUGGUCUGUGAGGAUGCAGGUGGUCUAACAAGCCUUGGGUCUACAACCAUUGGCUCCAUUGGUGGAGCCUUCAACUUGAACAACUUGACACUACUUUCAACACUUUCUAUGGGAGCGCUCAAGGCAGCUAGCACCAUAAACUGGGUUGCACUACCUGCGUUGUCCCAACUCAAUUUCCCCGCUACUGUAACCAGAUCCAAGAGCGUAACCAUCUCCAACACCUUUCUUAGUACACUCGAUGGUAUAAACCUGGAAACUGUCCAAACCUUACAAAUAGAUAACAACAAUCGGCUCAAAACUUUCAGUACCCAAGUUUCUAACGUCACAUCCUCCCUCAACAUUAACUCGAAUGGCAACAAUCUCGAUGUCAGCUUUCCUAACCUUAUUAGAGCUGCAAACAUGACAUUUCGCAAUGUUUCAACAGUCAGUAUACCAUCUCUCGCUAUUGUUGAUGGCUCCUUAGGAUUUUACGGAAACUAUAUGCCCAGCGUCUCGGCUCCCAACAUCACGUCUGUCGGCUCGAAGGCCGAUGGACAAGGAAGUUUAGCUUUUGUCGCCAACGGGAAACUCGCCAACGUAUCCAUGCCGCUCCUUAAGACAGUCGGGGGAGCAGUUCAGAUUGCAAACAACUCUGCAUUAUCGAGCAUUAGCUUUCCAUCACUUACAUAUGUCGGCGGAGCAAUUGAUUUUUCUGGAAAUUUCAGCACACCUGAUCUUCCGGCCUUGGAAAAUGUUAAAGGUGGAUUUAACUUGCAAUCGACUGCGAGCAUUGAUUGUUCAAACUUCGACUCCGAACAUGGUGCCGGAAAGGUCAUUCAAGGAGUUUAUGUUUGUAAAACAACCUCAAACGCCGCCGGUCUCGGUUCGGGAACUAGUAGCGGAUCCGGCCCUAAAUCUAGCAAGGGUGCGGCUUCCACUUUGACUUUGAGUGAUGCUGCUGCCGGUCUAUCCUUAAUUGGAGGGCUUGCACAAAUUUUGCUGUAA